GAGUAGCUGUUGCAGUAACAACAUCCUGGAUAUUGGAGCCUGGCGGCGCACACGGCUACAGAAAAUAAAGGAGGAACCAAGACGUAAGGGAGGCGGUGGUAUUAAUCGCAAAUGCUUCAGCGUAUAGAAGCGCAGACAUGAACGCGAACCUGGCAGCUAUCGGGCAUUAAUUGUGGAUUUAUGGUCUAUGGCGCCGAUUGAUCCCGAGGCACCGACAAGGUGAUGCAGCAGCGGCAGGACGGGAUCGGUCCGCUACACGGCUGCCAGCUGAAUGCCUUUACUGGAGGAAAACGGCGCAGCACACGUCCAGCGCAGGCCGGCGUGAUCUUUCGUUAAAAUAGGACAGUAUGUAGAGAGGAUCAGCCAGCGGUUGCUAUACACCCGUGUUUACUUUCAUUAUUGUAUCGGCUCUCGAUAUCGCUCUCCGGUUCUGAGACGCUGCCACGGCAUCAAGCGAAUCGGGCCUGGGCUGAAACACCGUGCGCUCUUCGCGAUAUUUACCGUGGAAAGCACGUAAUGCGAACGCGAACUUUUAUCGUUAACAAGCGUAACGAAAGCGCCUAGCGCUACAUCAUCGCGUUUACUAUCCGCGUGUCCAGUUUUCUUUAUGUUUACUUAGGUUACGUUGCCUUUUUGUUUUUCUCCUUGUCAGACUGAUUUCCCUUAUCGAUAACAGAUUAUCGCAUUGCCAGUUUGAGAGAAAUAAUACCCCUAACGGGCGGUGAGGGUGGACGCGCCGUUUAUCGUGAAGAUAACGACUCGACCCAACCCGCCUCGACUCAGAAGCUUUCGGAUCAAAGCGAGGAUCAUGGAUCGGAAUGAUAAAAAGAGCCUCACGAGUAUGUGGAAUCAGUUGUGAUCGACAGGACAACUCCGUUUCUAAGAGAUAAGCAGAGGUUCGGCAGUAAAGCUCCCAUUACCGCAAUGAGAUAAUAGUGUGGCAUACACAGAAACAACCUUGACACUUAUCCCACCAUAUUCCAGUUCAUCAUCAAAAUAUGACCACGCCGGCUCUAUUGCCACUAUCGGGACGUAGGAUACCUACCCUCUCGCCAGGUGCCUCCUCAUUCCCCCAUCACAGGGCCACCUUGCGGCUCUCAGAGAAGUUCAUCCUCCUCCUCAUCCUCAGUGCCUUCAUCACCUUGUGCUUCGGAGCGUUUUUCUUCCUCCCGGACAAUUCCAAACACAAGCGCUUUGACUUUGGUUUGGAGGACGUGUUGAUACCGCACAUCGAGUCGGCGAAGGAGGCGAGGCACAGCAGCAGACAGGUCAUACACGGCUUGGGAGCUCACGAUGAGCAUCGACACAGAGAGGAAGAGGAGAGCCUUCGUGACAAGAUCCGGGCAGAUCAUGAGCGGGCACUGCAGGAAGCCAAGGAAAAGCUCCGUAAAUCCAAAGAGGAGCUGAAGGCAGAGAUCCAGACAGAGAAGACCAAGGUAGUCGAGGACCUGAAGAAGAAAGAUGGGCCCAAACCACUUCCUCCAGUACCUAUGCCCAAACUGGUAGGGGUCAACGAUGGUGACCCAGGGGACCCUGACACCAAGGAAAAACGGGAUAAAAUCAGAGAGAUGAUGAAACACGCGUGGGACAGCUACAGGCAAUACGGCUGGGGCCACAACGAGCUCAAACCCAUCGCCAAGAAAGGACAUUCCACCAAUAUCUUCGGUAAUUCCCAGAUGGGGGCCACUAUAGUAGACGCCCUGGAUACCCUUUACAUAAUGGGCCUCCACGAUGAGUUUAAGGAUGGCCAGGAGUGGAUCGAGCAAAACUUGGAUUUCGGUGUGAAUGCAGAAGUAUCUGUCUUUGAGGUCAACAUCCGCUUCAUUGGAGGGCUUCUGGCUGCAUACUAUCUCUCCGGACAGGAGGUUUUUAAGGUGAAGGCUGUCCAGCUGGCAGAAAAGCUGCUUCCUGCCUUCAACACCCCAACAGGCAUCCCUUGGGCCAUGGUCAAUUUGAAGAGUGGAGUGGGACGUAACUGGGGCUGGGCAUCAGCAGGAAGCAGUAUUCUGGCUGAGUUCGGGACACUGCACAUGGAGUUCGUGCACCUGACGUAUUUGACUGGAAACCCUGCCUACUAUCAGAAGGUGAUGCACAUACGGAAGCUGCUUGCUAAGAUGGACAGACCCAAUGGGCUUUACCCCAACUACCUGAACCCACGCACAGGACGCUGGGGCCAGCAUCAUACCUCAGUGGGGGGACUGGGUGAUAGUUUCUAUGAGUACCUGUUGAAGGCCUGGCUAAUGUCUGAUAAAACGGACACCGAGGCACGCAAGACGUAUGAUGAUGCCAUCGAGGCUAUCGAGCGCCACCUCAUCCGCAAGUCCAAUGGUGGCCUUACAUUCAUUGGGGAGUGGAAAAACGGACACUUGGAGCGUAAGAUGGGUCACCUGACUUGCUUUGCUGGGGGCAUGUUUGCCCUGGGAGCUGAUGGGUCGCCAGAUGAUAAAGCUGGACACUAUCUGCAGCUCGGAGCAGAGAUCGCACACACCUGCCAUGAAAGCUACGAUCGCACUGUGCUGAAACUCGGUCCAGAGGCCUUUAAGUUUGACAGUGGGCUGGAGGCAGUGGCUGUGAGACAGAAUGAGAAAUACUAUAUCCUGAGGCCUGAGGUCAUCGAGACGUACUGGUACAUGUGGAGAUUUACCCACGACCCCAAAUACAGGCAGUGGGGUUGGGAAGCAGCACAGGCUAUAGAUAAAUACUGCCGAGUAAGCGGAGGAUUCUCUGGUGUCAAAGACGUCUACUCCUCCAACCCCACCUACGAUGACGUCCAGCAAAGCUUCUUCCUGGCUGAAACGCUCAAGUAUCUCUAUCUACUUUUCUCCAGCGACGAGCUGCUGCCUCUUGAGAACUGGGUGUUUAACACGGAGGCCCAUCCUCUGCCCGUCCUGCACCUGGGCAACAUCACGCUGCCUGGCAGCGAGACCCAGCGGUAGAGCGGACUCACCGGGGGGGCGCUCUCCCCCCUCGCUCGCCCCUCUUUAAACGCCUCCCUCCUUGUGAAAGACAGCAGCUGCCAGCUCAAAGGAGAGGAGAGAACUGUACCCACCAACCACCGUCUCCUCCUGGACUGUGAAUCAUGGGACUACAGUGAACGGAGGAGACCGGAACAGACCCGACUCUCUUUAUCUAUGUCUCUCUCAUAUAUUCUCUGAAGGACAGACUGCCGGAUUGAUCACGUGUGUCUCUCUCCUGCGGGCGCUGGUCUUACACACACUGUACACGCAUUAGCGGACUUAAAAGACCUUCUGAAGUGGAUGUGCGUUUCUCACUGGGGAAGGAUUUUAACAAAGUUCCUUUCUUUUCUUUGC